UUGUAAAGCUCAGCGGUUGCACUAUCUUCCUUUUGAACACUGACAGGGAACAAAGGAGGAAAAAGCUUUCAUUAUGGGAGUUACAGGUAUCUGGAUUCUGGUCCUGCCUGUGCUAGUGGCUGCAUUGUACUCUGAAGAUCAAGACUAUCCAGGAGUUUGUGAAAUUCAAGGAGCUCCAGGGAUUCCAGGACCUCGGGGUGCCCCAGGUAUCCUUGGGAUGCCUGGCCAGAGAGGAAAGGAUGGUAUCCCAGGAGCAAGUGGUAUGCCAGGACCACGGGGACCACCUGGAGACACUGGAAAGUGUGAUGCCAAACAAACGUCAGCCUUUGCAGUGAAGCUAAAUGAACCAUUCCUAGCUCCAGACCAACCCAUUGUCUUCAAGGAAGUAGUGUAUAAUCAUCAGGACCAGUUUGAUCUGACCACUGGUGUGUUUACUUGCCCCAUCUCAGGACUUUACCACUUUAUGUUUCACAUGGAAACAUUCCAGAGAGCUGUGAAAGUGGGCCUCAUGGAGAAUGGCACACAAGUGAUCGAGAGAGCAACAGGGAGCAAAGAUGGCUACCAGCACAUCUCAGGAACUGCUCUCCUAGAGCUGGUCAAGGGAGAUGGAGUCUGGCUGGAGUCCAAACUAAACCACACAGAAUUUGAAAAGGGAACUAUCCAAACAGUGUUCUAUGGGUUUUUGAUCCAUGAAAAUUAAGAGUGCUGGGAUAUAUCAGUACUACCUAUUACUCAAGAGCAGAAAGAGGAUUCCAUUCCUCAUAGUGAACUUUUAGUAGUGAAAUUUUAUACAGACAAAUUAAAAAAAAACAGUAAUGUUAAAGUAGUUUACAGGAACUGGGAAAUCAGUGUUCAUUAUGUUCUUAGGAACUAUUUUUGUGUAUAUUAAAUUAUGGUUGCCAAUUUGAAAUCUACGUAGAAAAAAUACUUAAAUAGUAACAUGGACUUCAAUGGAUUUUCACAUACUGUGCAUAUGGGGUCAUUAACAACCAUAUCAAAAUACUAUUAGCUGGAUUUCAAAUGCCCCAUUCCUCAGUCCAGCUCCUUCUACUCCAGUCCCUAAAACGAUGUGUAUUACUCUGAUGUCUAACAGCACAGGACAGGCAGGGACAUGGAGAGGACUUAGGGAUUCUUAUACAACUUGAUGUUUAAGAAAACCAUCUAGGUUUUUACAUAAUUAAUUCUACUUUGUUCAUUUUUUUCUAUUUCAUUGUAAUAAGGUGAUAUUGACAUUGAAUAUAUCAUUGCUAUUGAACAUGCUAUCACUAUUGAACAUGCUAUCAUUAUUAUUGAACAUGUUCUGAUUUAAAAAGGCAAUGUCUCCUAUAGGCUCAUGUGUUUGAACACUUGGUCCACAGUUGGUGACAUUGUCUGGGAAGCUUGCGGAGCGUUUAGGAGGUGGAGUCCUGUUGGAGGAAGUACGUCACUAGAGGCAGACUUUGAGGGUUUAUGGCCCAGCUUCACUUCCUGUUCCCUGUACUUUUACUGGAUACAAUGUGAUGUCCAGGUAGCAGCCAGCUCCUUGCUCCUGCUGCCAAGCCUUCCCUGCAUGUUACCACAGUUUCCUUGCAAUGAUGGACUCGACUCUAAAACACAAGCCAAAGUAAACCUUUCUCCCUUUGAGCUCUUUGAUUUUUCUUUAGUCACUGAGUCUGCUGCUGUGGAUUUUUGCUACAUCUUUUUCAAUUUAGCCAUCAUCUUUAAGAUUACUCGACAGUAGGACCCUAUGACUGAAGAUACCACGUACUUGAGUCACAGAACAUGGAGAAAUCAAGCUGGUACUGACGUAGAAGCUUCAUCCCUACAGGCUAGCUUUCAUGGUGCUAGAAGGCACUACACAUACUACCCGGGAAGAAAAGUUAUCAUGAACCAGAUGUGAACCCUGCAAGCUACAAUAACAACUGACCUGGCAAGUUAUGCCAUGGUGCAAUAGUGGUAUGAAUGUCAU